GAAAAUUUUAAACCAGUCCCAGUCCCAAAAUCUUCUUAUGGUAAAUUUUUUAAAGGCGAUUCCUAUGUGAUUCUUAAGACCACUGCCCUGAAAAGUGGUGUCUUGCAUCAUGAUAUUCAUUAUUGGCUUGGAAAAGAUACUAGUCAAGAUGAAGCUGGCACUGCAACCAUCAAGACUAUUGAAUUAGACGCAGCUCUUGGGGGACGAGCUGUUCAAUACCGUGAAGUACAAGGGCAUGAAACAGCGAAGUUCCUUUCCCAUUUUAAGCCGUGUAUAAUACCUCAAGAAGGUGGAAUUGCUUCAGGCUUCAAGCAUGUGGAGGCCGAAGAGCAUAAAACCCGCUUGUAUGUAUGCAACGGAAAACAUGUUGUUCGUGUGAAAGAGGUGUCUUUUGCUCGAUCUUCACUGAGUCAUGAUGACAUCUUUAUUCUUGAUACCAAGUCUAAAAUUUUUCAGUUCAACGGCUCCAACUCAUGUAUUCAAGAGAGGGCUAAAGCACUGGAAGUUGUUCAGUACAUUAAAGAUACAUAUCAUGAUGGAAAGUGUGAAGUAGCAGCCAUUGAGGAUGGAAAGUUAAUGGCUGAUGCUGACACUGGUGAGUUUUGGGGUUUGUUUGGUGGUUUUGCUCCACUUCCAAGGAAAACAACUGAUGAGCCUAGGAGCACCGACGAUGUUCCUACUAAGCUUUUCUGUGUUGAGAAGGGACAGGCUGAACCUGUUGAAGCUGAAUCUUUGACAAGGGAGUUGCUAGACACUAAUAGAUGCUAUAUUCUUGACUGCGGGACAGAAGUCUUUGUUUGGAUGGGGAGAAAUACUUCUCUCGAGGAAAGGAAAGCUGCCAGUGGCACUGUUAAUGAAUUACUGCACACCCUUGAUAAACCCAAAUCUCAUGUAGUCCAAGUAAUUGAGGGGUUUGAGACAGUAAUGUUCCGCUCGAAGUUUGACAAUUGGCCACAGUCAACAAAUGUAACAGUAUCUGAGGAUGGUAGAGGAAAGGUUGCUGCACUUCUAAAGAGGCAAGGGGUUAAUGUGAAGGGUCUUCUGAAAGCGGAAUCUCCCAAGGAGGUACCUCAGCCACAUAUAGAUUGCACAGGAAAUCUACAGGUUUGGCGUGUGAAUGGCCAAAAGAAGACUCUUCUUCCAGCUUCCGAUCAGUCAAAGUUGUACGGUGGAGAUUGCUAUAUAUUUAACUAUUCUUAUCCCGGAGAAGAAAAAGAGGAACAUUUAAUUGGGACAUGGUUUGGAAAGCAAAGUAUUGAGGAAGAAAGAAUCUCGGCGAUUUCACAGGCAAGCAAGAUGGUUGAGUCACUGAAGUUCUUACCUGCUCAGGCUCGCAUAUAUGAAGGAAACGAACCGAUCCAGUUCUUUACCAUCUUUCAGAGCUUUAUCGUCCUUAAGGGUGGCCUUAGUGAAGGAUACAAAAAUUACAUAGCAGAGAAAGAACUUCCGGAUGACACAUAUACAGAGGAUGGGCUUGCAUUAUUUCGAUUACAGGGUACUGGCCCUGAUAAUAUGCAAGCAAUUCAAGUCGAACCUGUGGCAACAUCUUUGAAUUCCUCCUACUGUUACAUAUUACAUAGUGGCUCCUCUCUCUUCACUUGGUAUGGAAACCUUACAACACCUGAAGACCAGGAACUCGUUGAGAGGCAACUGGAUCUUAUAAAGCCAAAUAUGCAAUCCAGACUACAAAAAGAAGGUGCAGAAUCCGAGCAGUUCUGGGAUUUGUUAGGUGGAAAAUCGGAGUACCUGAGCCAGAAAAUUUCAAGAGAUGCUGAAACUGAUCCUCAUCUAUUCUCUUGUACCUUCUUGAAGGGAGAUUUGAAGGUGACAGAGAUAUAUAAUUUCGACCAGGAUGAUCUAAUGACUGAAGAUAUCUUCAUUCUAGACUGCCAUUCAGACAUUUAUGUUUGGGUUGGGCAACAGGUUGAAUCCAAGGAUAAGAUGAAUGCUUUGAGUAUUGGAGAGAAAUUCCUGGAGCGCGAUUUUCUUCUUGAGAAUUUAUCACUUCAAGCUCCAAUAUAUAUUGUUAUGGAGGGGAGCGAGCCAACCUUUUUUACUCGGUUUUUCUCUUGGGACUCAACAAAAUCUGCUAUGCAUGGGAACUCCUUUCAAAAAAAACUUGCUAUUGUUAAACAAGGGGGCACUUCGAUGAUGGAUAAACCCAAAAGGAGAACUCCUGUAUCAUAUGGCGGAAGGUCUGCUGCACCAGAAAAAUCACAGCGUUCUAGAAGCAUGUCUUUUAGCCCUGAAAGAGUUCGUGUGAGGGGCAGGUCUCCAGCGUUCAAUGCUCUGGCCUCGACAUUUGAGAAUUCCAAUGCAAGGAACCUGUCGACUCCUCCUCCAGUUAUAAGUAAGCUUUAUCCAAAAUCUGUGACCACUGAUUCAGCAAAUUCGGCUUCUAGAUCAACAGCUCUAGCAGCUUUAAGUGCAACUUUUGAAAAAAAGGCGCUGGCUCGGGACGUCAAUCUACCACAUUCUCCUAAAGUGGCCCCUAAGGUACUGAAGCCAAACCCUGAAACCAACUUAGGGGAGAACUCAGAAGAACCACCCAAACUUAAGCCAGAGACUAUACAAGAGGAUGUCAAGGAGAGCGAUGCUGAGGACAAGGAAGGACUCCCAAUAUACCCAUAUGAACAGUUAACAACAUCGUCGACAAAUCCUACCACGGGUAUAGAUGUGACCAAGCGAGAGGCUUAUUUGUCCUCAGAAGAGUUCAAGGAGAAAUUCGGGAUGACGAAGGCUGCUUUCUACAAGUUGCCUAAAUGGAAGCAGAAUAAGCUUAAAAUGUCCCUUCAAUUGUUCUGAGUGCUUUCAGGACCAUCUAAUUCUUUCUCGGGUUCCUCCAGAAUGGAUUGCAGAUUAGAGAAAGCAUACUCAGAUAUUUAAAAGAAACCAGUUUCUCAAGCUUUAAGGGAUAUCAUCAGUGCAUUUUUAGCUGCUUCUGCUCCCGGGUUGCUUAUUUACAUUACUCGGUGAACGAAAAGUUGGAGUUAUCUUCUCUCUUGGCUAGUUAACUCUUGAUACUUUUUUUGGUUGGAGGUUUGUUUUGAGCUUGCAUUUUUGUUUGUAUUGUGCUUCAUUUAUUUUUGGCGUUGACUUAGUAGAGUGAUUAGGACUCUUGCAAAUGCAGAAUUUUUAGUUUGUACAGUGAGGAUGGAAAGUGUGUAUACGAAUGUAAAGCCAGUCUACACAUUAUUCGACUAGCCAAUAAAAGUGUGAUUUUAUUAUU